AUGGUGCGCCCGCGAUACUGGUGGCGUCUCCCCGGGUUCAAGACCAAGGCGCAUUCAACACCCUCAACCACCCAGGUCACUUCAGCGCGUCAUCACCUCAGUGUGGAGCUGCUGCGGCGCUUGCGAGAGCUCGACCGCCUCUCCAUGCAUGGCAUGGUGGCUCGGCUGGGGAAACCGCCGGUGGUUGAGCCGGAGAUCAUCAAGCGGGCCAUCUGCCACCAGUUUCCGGUUCGUCCGGAAGAUGUCUCCGUCGUCAGGCACGCGCCCGAGGACUUCUUCGUCGACUUCAAGCACCGGCACCACCGCGACGAGGCGGUGUCGCGGGGGACCUUCCCCUAUCGCAACCUCGACAUCCACACAAGGCCAUGGCAGCUGGUGACACACGGUGAAAUCUGCGACCUCAAGUUCCGCGUCCGCCUAUGCCUCGAAGGCAUCCCCCUCCACGCCUGGAGCGAGAGCAUUGCCAAGAGGGCGGUCGCUAGAGCUUGCGACAUCGACUACGUUGAGAAGACCUCGCUGGACCGUGCCGACACCAGGGCACUCUGCGUCUGGGCCUGGACGCACAACCCGUCUGACAUCCCAAAGACGACCUCAGGCGGUAACACGGCCCGCAAGGGUGCACAGCAACCGACCCAAGGCGACGCUGCAAAUGCUGGCACGGGGGCUCGGCUGCACCUCGUCAUCCACCCGGCUGAUGCCCUCCGCAGAGCCAGGGGACGAAGCAGGGAAAGGGCAACCCGCCGUAGGCCGCACAGGCGCGCGUGCUCGGAGCCGAGGAACACGACGUCGCGCUCAAAAUCACCGUUGCCGCGCCUGCGCUGCAAGUCACCAGACUUCAACGGAGGCAACGGCAGCAACCACCACCCGUCGCCAAGCCCUCCCAAGGUUCCCCCCACCGAUGACCGCGACGUCGUGACACAGCAGCGUGCACGCCUCGCGGCUGACCGACGCUUCCGCAUGGGCCAGGUCUACGCCAGGAGGCCAGGCCCUCUCCGCACGCCACGCGCCCACACAAAGCAGGCGAAAGCGCCCGGUGUCCACCACGUCGACAAAGACACCAAAUCGACGCAAAGAAGCCCCGCCUCUACGGCGCGAAGAAGCGUCCGCAUAGCCGCCAUGAAUUGGCAAAGGGGUGACACCCAAGCGAGGGCCAGGCUGGUGCUGAUGAAAAGAUUGGGCAUCCUCGACAGGGGAGGACCCAGCCAUGAUGACGCGUUGCUGCGCUACUUCGACUUGUACAAGGGACCACUUAAUGACGACGCCGUGAAGGCAAUGACGGCUCUGUGUGGCCUCGACGCCGACGCGAUCUUGCUGCCGCGAUGCCUAGAUGACGGAUGUCGCAAAUGGGUCGCCUGUUGUAAUAAUGGUAGUAAUCGUUUGCCACGGCGGAAGCUCUUCGAGCUCCACAUCUUUUGUGUACCGCUUGGGUUCGGCGACGACCAGAGGCCUCAUCGCCAUCCCACCCAACCGCAACAAACCGUCACCGGUAGUUAG